UUCAUGGCCUCUUUCUUUGUCAUUUCUCUGGAUAAAAUACAAAUUUCGACCCAAGUUGGUUCAGCUUCUUGAGCUUCGGAAAAAACAUGCUGUUGGAAAAAAAUUUCAACCAAGUGGGAAGUUUGAGGCUGCCAUGUCUUUUAACGUUCAAGAAGUUAUCGUCCAGGUUAAAGAUAGUGCGAAUAUGUGGUUGGAGAUUCGGUUGAAGCUGCUUGCAGUCAAAGGAAAAGGAAAGAAGUAUCUUGAGGAUGGAUUGAGCACUUGGUUUGGCUCAAGAAUAUAGAUACGAAGGGUUGUAGAUUUUUAUUUUGAGUAUCUCUACUUGAUUUCAUUAUAAAAAACAGGUGCACUAGAUGUAAUAGGAGUUUUGAUUGAAUAAAUUUUACAUUCAUUCAAAAAAAAAAAAAGAAUAUGUGGUUGGAAUCAAGUUCAUGACAGUGCCUCUUGAAGCCUCCUUAGGUUCCUGAAAAAUGAUUGCGUCCCUUCAGAUGUGACAUGAAUAUGCACCUACUCGUUCCUUCAGAAAGAGAAGAGAGAGAUACUGUUCAGUAAGAAUACUGUGGAUGAUUAGCUGAAUUGUGAAUGAUUCUCCUAUAGUUAGGAAAGGCUCAUCAAAUGCUGAACUAAUUGUUCUUCUGGAUUGGUUUCUUCUGGACAGAUGUGUUUCGGCUCGGUUGAACCGAAUCAGGUUAGACAGACAUUGAUAAAAAUUUCCCUUUAAUUAAUUUAAUUUCUGUGUAACUAACAAUACAUGAUUUAAGCGUUGAUUUAACCGUCAAUACCAUCAAUAUUAGACCUUGAAAGUUGCCUAACUCUUUAUAUUUUAUCCUUUUAAACUGUUAUAACAUGCGUACACUUAACAAAUACUUAAAAACCGGCACUAUAUAUGUGAAGGGCCAUGCAUUAAGGACCAAUUCCUUCACACAAAGGAACAAUGUUACCAUCCAGAAAAAGCAGGGAAAAAAACUAAAGGCAAGCAUGUUGGGAGCCAUAGCCAAGAGGUGGAAAGUUCUAAGCGGCCAAAACAAAUGGAAAGGCCUCCUUGACCCACUUGACCCAGACCUUCGUCGCUACAUCAUUCACUACGGCGAGAUGGCUCAGGUUGGUUACGACGCCUUUAACUGGGACCGUAAGUCCUUAUACGCCGGUGAUUGUUAUUACUCUAAGAGCCAAAUCUUUGCUCGAACUGGCUACCUUAAAGCCAACCCUUUCAGGUACAAUGUGACCAAGUACAUCUACGCAACGGCUUCUUUAAACCUACCAAUCUGUUUCAUCGUCAAGUCUUUGUCAAAGGAAGCAUCACGCGUGCAGACUAACUGGAUUGGUUAUGUAGCCGUGGCUACAGACGAAGGCAAGGCGCUGUUAGGGAGGAGAGACAUUGUUGUAGCUUGGAGAGGAACUCUUCAGCCAUAUGAAUGGGCUAACGAUUUUGAUUUCCCACUUGAGUCAGGUGUCAAAGUUUUCCCUGUAUUCGACUCCAAGAUCGUGCCUCGUAUUGGAAGUGGCUGGCUCGAUGUCUACACCUCUUCUGAUGCUAAGUCGCCUUAUGACACUACUAGCGCACGAGAACAGGUACAAGGAGAGCUCAAGAGAUUGUUAGAUGUUUACAAGAACGAAGAAGUGAGCAUCACUUUCACAGGCCAUAGCUUGGGCGGAGUAAUGUCAACUCUAGCAGCUGCAGAUCUUGUCAAUGGCAAGAAAAACACGAUCAGUUCAGGUCUUGAAAGAAAGCAAGUUCCCAUCACAGUUUUUGCAUUCGGGUGUCCUCGAAUUGGGGACCAAGACUUUGUAAAAAUCGUCGACUCACUCAAACAACUGAACAUCCUGAGAAUAGUCAAUGUUCCGGAUGUGGCACCACAUUAUCCACUCUUACUGUAUGCAGAAGUAGGCCAGGAGCUCCAGAUCAAUACGUUGAACUCGACUUACCUGAAAAGGUCUCUAAACUUUAGGAACUAUCAUAACCUGGAGAUAUACCUGCACGGCAUGGCGGGGAUGCAAGACAAAGCGGGGCUGUUUAAGCUGGUGAUUGGUCGGGAUAUUUCAUUGGUCAAUAAAGGUUUAGAUGCUCUGAAAGACGAGUUCUUAGUGCCCAGUACCUGGAGGUGUCUUGCAAACAAAGGGAUGGUUCAAAAGGAUGAUGGCACAUGGCAGCUGGAUGUCCACAGGAAAGAUCAUGAUGAUGAUUAACCCCUCAAACUAGAAAAACCGGCUACAAGAGUUUUACCUAUACGAGUUUAGUUGCAAAAACUUAUAAAAUGUUCCACACAAUAUGUUUGUUUGUACACCUAAUUUUUCUAGUUUAGUGUGUCCCAUCUCGUAGAUAAAUCUUGUAUUUCUCAACUUAAAAUUACGUUACAUCGUUAUAGAAAAGUCCA